AUCAUUUGAGCUCAUAUUGACACCGGGCCACUCGGGGUCGGGUAGGUUAUCCCGUCCCGGGCCCGUCCGGCUUACGCCCCGAGGGGUGUCGUUCCGAGUUGAUCGUGGAUUCGCUGAAACUCACCAACAGCACCAAAGGCAAUCACAGGAAACGAGGACGAAUCGAAUAACGCCACUGUAGCAGUUUACGAGCUUGAUCACCCACACCCGAUGCCUCGCCACCACGCGAUUCUGGUGCACAAGCAGAUCUCGGCCCAACUCCAAGCUGGCCUCUUGAAGCAGCCGCCUCGCUCCUACCCGGCCCUGGUGAACUACCCUCCCAAUCCGACGCCCUCACAGGACCCACAUUCGAACCAGAAGAAGAAGAACCUAGAGCCGAUCAAGUUCGUCGUCAAGGACAGACUCCGAAAAGCUUUCUUCAGAGACCAUCCCUUCGAAGCCUAUCGCCCCAUCAGCCUCGUCGAAGAAUCCGCACAACACCUCUUGUCUAAAGUCCAUCGUGAUCUUUCCGGCUGCGAUCGCUUGGAUCAAAUCAGUUGCAGGCCUUCUGCUGAAGACUGUAUCGACUUCGCAGAGCGAUUAUACCAUGACAAGGGCUACAACCUAAACCAAGCCUACAAGAUUGCGGUCAGCGAGUUCCGGACGUUACGAUUCGAGGAACAGAUCCGAGCGAGUUUCGCCCGACAAGAGGCCGAGUAUUACAGCAGACCAGUGGAAGCGGGAGCAGAGGAGCCCAGCCAAGCUCCACUGGAGAGCAACAAGAAUGAGGAGCAAGUGUGGGGAAGAGACCUGAUCAAACGAUCGUUGGAGAUCCAGGACCGCUUCAUCAUUGAAUCUAAUGCCACAUCCACCCGCAAGACGCUCGACCGUCCCGCCAAUCGCUCCGCUCCCUCCUCCAUUUCAUCCUCUUCCUCCUCAUCGUCGAAACCGACAGAUGAGCUGAGCAGUCAAAAUAAUCGACUGAUCGGAUCACGCACUAGGAACUCCAACCAUCCCGGGAUCCAUGAUCAUCUCCAAUUCAACCAGCUCAUCAACUCCGAACUCGUCAAGAAAUCCAAACGGUUGUCGGCGCUCUCUCAAUCCCCUUAGAGAACUCCACCCCAAUCUUCCAGAAAAACCUCGCUCAAUUCAUUUCUUGUUCUGCCGUCAUGAUCUUGAUUCCUCGUUGUCACAAUUUCCACCUUCCAAAUCCCAAAGCAACGCUUAUUUCUUCUCAUAAGGUUUUAUGUGUGCAUGAUGACCAACCUCCUGAUCAAGCAAUUAUCAUUUUUUUUUUGAACUGGGUUCAUGGGGUCCGUGGAUCUGGUGAACUAUCGUCAGUGAUGCCCUUUUUUACGUACAUAAGUGUGCAAUGAUAAGCCUUACUAGUCUAGUUAUUGUAAACACCUACUCUUCCUGCACCUCUUGUGUCCCCAAAAAGCUUGAGAAUCGGUCUGGAGACUCAGUCACAACAACAAGUUAUAUUAGUGUGAACGACUGGCCUUGCAGAUAUUUAGCUUUUGUGCAGUGGAAGUCCACUAAAAUUCCACAAACCCUCAACUACGCUCAAUAACAGCUACUUCGUGGCCCACUACAGCUCAAACUAUCCCCCCCCCCUUUUU